AACCAUUUGCAAACAUUUGGUCUGCGAAGAAAGUCCUUGGUAAACGUCAUGACCAUAGGAAAAUCAUUUGAAAACCGUGAUCUCAAGCUUGUCAAGCUAUCGUCAGGACGAGCCAAAAGAGCUGUGUGGCUGGAUGGUGGCAUGCACGCCAGGGAGUGGAUUUCCCCCGCGACAGUCAUGUACAUUCUUGAAGAGCUGGUGAGCGGCUACAGCAAUGACAAUGACACGACCAAGAUUCUGGACACCUUCGACGUGUACGGUCUACCGGUGGCCAACCCGGACGGCUACGAGUACACGCACAUCCUCAACCGGCUGUGGCGGAAGACGAGGUCCACAACCGCCAGCUUCAUCUGUCGCGGUGCCGACCCGAACCGAAACUUCGGCUUCAAAUGGAGCUCGGGCGGCUCAAGCAGCAAAGCGUGCUCGGAGGUCUUCGCCGGGAACAAGGCAUUCUCGGAGCCGGAAACCAAAGCGAUCGCGAACUUCGUCUAUGCCCGGCGCCGCGAGAUCAUGGCCUUCAUCACAUUCCACUCAUACUCGCAGCUCUGGCUCACGCCGUGGGGCUACACGGCACUCAAGCCGGCCAACUACCUCGAGCUCGCCCGCGCAGCAAGAGUCGCCACGGCUGCGCUAGAGAAGGUUCACGGUACCAAGUACAACGUUGGAACAUCCACCAGUAUGCUGUACGUCGCCUCGGGAGGCUCGGACGACUGGGCCCUGGGCGAGGCGCAGAUUCCGUACGCGUACACCGUAGAGCUGCGUGACACCGGUCGCCACGGGUUCACCCUGCCGCGCGACCAGAUCGUGCCUACCGGUGAGGAGACCUGGGCAGGAAUCAAGGCCCUGCUGCUCGAGAUCGCCAGUAAGGUGGACGAGGGAACGUGAUGCACGGCCACUGUGGCCGAG